AUGGGCAUGGACUCGAUUUACAUGACAAGUGAAGAAUCUAUGGAUGUCACAGUUCCUAUUUCCUUUGAAUUCCCGCUACAAAGCAGAUACAUCUAUAGAGUACUGGUAGCAGACUGUGGUGAAACGGCCCAAGAGCCAGGUAAUGAAGACAGGAACUUGGAUAAUGUGCCUAGAAUGGUCAUAAGUGAGAAGUUAUUGCAGAACUGUUUGGUAGAAGUAGUCCAAUAUUUUGCUUUGGAAGAGUUGGCAAUAGUUGACGGAGAAACAGUUCACCUUGACAAUAAGAUGUUACUUGUUUGCGAGAAAUGUGUGGUGUCACAACUGUGGGUGAUAGAUAUGAUUGGUGACCCGCUGAUAAUUGAACAUGUUACCAUGAUGGUAUUUACAGCUUCUUUGUCACAAGACAGGUUAAUUGAAGUAGAGGCUGAUUUCUGGUGUAGGUAUUCUUUGGCACGGUAUUGUCGCAAGUCGCAUACAGAGUAUUUUGGGUGCAAAAUGAGACAUACCUUUGAAGAGAUCUACGACGAUACCGGCUUUAUUGUUGAAUUGUUAAAGCACAAAAGAAGCUGCAAAGAGAUUGUGGUAAAGUGUGAAGAUUUUAAUACACUAAUGGUACCAGAACCAUCUUCCUCUCUAGAAAUGAACACAGAACAAGGUAUACCAGAACUAGUUGAAUUACAAAAUAAUGUUGAGGAGAACAAAGAAAACCUCAACGCCGAAAUCAAGGAAAACUACGAGAAUAAAGUAAACAGCCCACUACAGCAUUCUCAAUAUAGAUCUUCUAUGAUUACAGCUACAGUACACCUCAAGCAACGAGAAGUUAGUUCCCUAAUAGGCGUCAAUGGCACACGACUCAAUACGAUCAGGGAGCAAACUGGGUGCAAAAUCAAAGUACAGCCCGUGGGAAACGGUGGAAACCGAGGCAUUGCCAGAAAAGAUACUCCGCAACAAAUUACUGUCAGCGGUCACAAUGCCAACGUUCAGGAAGCUAUAGACGAGAUCAGGCUGUUUAUAGUUCGCUACCGCAGCGGGGACUUCAGCUUCAUGUAG